AUGGCCGCGAAAUCUGAUGGUGCACCCGUCUCUCUACGAAACCAGAUCCCACCCGAGUGUCCCUCCAGGUCGGACCCGCGGCCUCCCCAGCCCCGUCCCGCCGAGCAGCGCUACUCCGUCCCGGACUGCUGCUGGACGCUGUGCGCCCUUUUGGUGUUCUUCUCGGACGGGGCCUCAGACCUGUGGCUGGCCGCGGACUACUACCUCAGGAGGUCCUACUGGUGCUUUGCACUGACUCUGGUCUUUGUGGUAAUCCCGUCCGUGGUCGUGCAAGUGUUGAGCUUCCGAUGGUUCGCCUAUGAUUUCUCGGAGACCGUCGAGAGCGGCACUGCUGCUGCGGCCGCCGUGGUGGGCGCGUCGGGAGCGGAGGAGACCGACUUCAGCACCAAGGACAGCGGCGAGCGGGGCGCUGGCCGCUCCGCCGAGGCCGGGGUGGUGCUGCCGGGGCCGGGGGGGGCCGGGGCCGGGGCCGGGGCACCGGGGGGAGGAGCCCGGGGCUGCUGCAGAGCCUUCAUGUGGCUCUUCCAGGCCCUCAUUCACAUAUUUCAGCUGGCACAGGUCUGGAGGUAUGUCCACGCCCUGUACUUGGGCGUGCAGAGCCGCUGGCACAGAGACCCCGAGCGCCGACACUACUACUGGCAAAUGAUGUUUGAGAGCGCCGAUAUCAGCAUGCUGCGUCUGCUUGAGUCCUUCCUGAAGAGCGCCCCUCAGCUGGUGCUGCAGCUCAGCAUCAUGGUCCAGGCCAGUCAGGUGCUGCCCCUUCAGGGGCUUUCAGCUUCUGCAUCACUGAUGUCUCUCGCCUGGAUGGUCGCCUCCUAUCAGAAAGUCCUAAGGGACUCCCGAGACGAUAAGCUACCCAUGACCUACAAGGCGGUCAUAGUUCAGAUUCUGUGGCACCUGUUCACCAUCGGCGCCCGCACUCUGGCCUUCGCCCUGUUUGCCUCCGUGUUCCAGCUGUACUUUGGCAUUUUCAUCGUGGCCCACUGGUGCAUCAUGACGUUUUGGAUCAUUCAAGGCGAGACGGACUUCUGCAUGUCCAAGUGGGAGGAGAUCAUCUACAACAUGAUGGUGGGCAUCAUGUAUGUUUUCUGCUGGUUCAGUGUGAGAGAGGGGCGCACCCGCUGCAGGAUGCUCAUCUACAGCCUGACUGUGUUCGUGGAGAAUGUGGCGCUCACCACUGCCUGGUAUUUGUACCGCGGCCCAAGUACCUCAGACUUCUACGCCGUCAUCAUGGUGUGCGUGGUGGCCAGCAGCUACGCUCUGGGCACCUUCUUCAUGUUUGUGUAUUACUGUCUGCUGCACCCUGACGGCCCCGUCUCAGGGUGGGGUUAUAUAGUGGAGAAGGAGGUGCCUGUGGAGAUGCUGGCCUCCCCAGUUACCAGCCUCCCCCCCGACCUGGUGAGCAGCCCCCCCAGGACCCUUCAGAGAACUAAAGGGUCAGAAAGAGAGCAGGGUUCUGGGGUAGACGGAGACGUGUUUCAGGUGCGAGCCCUUCGGGGAGCUCAGGCCCCGGUGCCCAACUUAACACCCAGGACAGAGGGGCCAGUCAUCCGCAUAGACCUGCCCAGGAAGAAGUACCCUGCCUGGGAUGCUCACUUCAUCGACCGCCGGCUGCGUAAAACCAUCCUGGUGCUCGAAAGCGCCGCCCCGGUCACGCCAAGGAUUCAGUACCGCUGUCUGGGCACACCCAAAGAAGUGAUGGAGUACGAGACCACCGUGUGA